ACGAGCCGUUUCUUGCUCUUUCUCUCGCCUUCCACCCCCCACCUUCUCUGUUUCACUUGCUCUACGUGCAUUACGCGAACGAGAGUCGCAGUCGGUCGCCAGUGUCGGCACAGAGGCAUCGUUGACGCCGUGUCCCUUCUCUCUCUCUCUUCCUCUCUCUAUCUAUUCAUCUCUUUCUCUCCUUCUUCUCUUCCUUCUUUUACGUUCUUUCCCUUCCUUUUCGCUCUCUUCUCUCGAUUAAUUCUUCCCUCUCUCCGUUUCUGUUCUCCUUCUUCCUAGCGAUGCGCCGUGCAUCUGACGGUACUCGCUCGCUUUCCAUCCACAUUCGCCGCAUCUUACGCCUUUUUUCCAUCCUGUUCGUUGGAUCGUCGCGUUUCCCGUCACGGGCUAUCUUCCCACCGAAUUGUAAUAAGUCGAACGAUCCUGCGUAAGGUGGAUUCGGUGAUCGGUCGGUCGCACCGUGUUCCAACAGUGAGUGUGAUCUUUCUCGUUGGCGAAGAUUUGUUCGAAUCGUGGUGUCGAGGACUGCGAUUAUACGCGUAGCAGUGGAAAUACCAUAGAGCGGUGGGAGUCGAUGCUGCGAAAGAGAUAAGCGCCGCAGGUUUCAGGAAGGCUGAAAGUUUGGCGGUGGCAAGCUGCGCUUCCUGGGUACAGGAGGAUGGAGGCGGCGGAGGAAAUCGUCGAUGAGAAUCCCUGGAACACGAACGCGCGAACCGAUCGCGAUUCCACGCACCAAACUGCCAAGAGCGAAGAUCAAGGGGAGCAAGAGAAAGUUCUGUCGAUAGACAAAGUUACAGUAGAAAAGAUCGUCUUAGAAUCUGCUGGUUCUCGCGAGGUUCUUUUAACGAAGAAUGAAACUUCGUUGAAAAGGAAACUUUCGAUAAAAUCCGAGCCUGGUAAGCCAGCGUUUUCGCGAUCAAAAACCAACGAAUCGGCGGAUUCUAGAAAAUUUCGUGUUUCUCUUCCCGAAGAUAUUCUUGCACCUAACAGUACCGAUAUCUGUAACGAUGCUCCGUCAAAAGAAAACACGGAAUCGACGACUACAGAAAAGAGAAUUAAGCCUGUUAAAUUAAGCAAGAGUCCGUCUAUAGGCAGCAUAGCGAUUUCACUGAAAAAUCUUACCCCGACGAAGAUUUCGAGAAAAGAUUGGCGGAAAGACGAACUUGUUGCCGACAGAUCGGAAAAUAAAAGGAAGAACGAGCCUAGCGGGAAAAUCGAAGAGAAAGAAGAACGGGAUAAAGAUACGAAGGAAGAUAAGGACAACGAGAUAGAAGAGAUCGACGCGAAAAAUCGAUUAGAGAAGAGCCAAACAAACAUCGAAGUAUUGCAACAGAACCUGAACACGAAAAUCGACGCAAACACUGCUCAGAAAUAUAAAAAGAAACUACUAGAAUCGCGAGAAAACCGGGCUCUCAAGUUAUCCGACGCGGAGCCUGGCCAGGAGAAGUUGGCCAGUAGAAUCACGUUCGACGAGGAAUUUCUGCAGAAGCAUAAUCUCGACAAGAGGUUGAAGAUCGAGGAGUACGGUUUGCUGGACGUGAAUCGCGAAUCUGUUUCCACUGUAGAAGAAGAGUCAGACUCGAGGAAGAGGCCUAUCUACAGCGAGAAGGUGCUGGAAGUGGAGAAGAGGUGGUCCGGGGAGUUCCUGAAGAACCAAUUGGAUCGUCACUCCUCGGAAUCGUCCAAGUCCUCUUACGUGGAGGAGUUGGGCAGUGUUUCCUCCAGGGAGAGCGAGGACUACGAUCCUCAGACGCCGCUCUUCGACCAGAGAAAACGCAGGCCCGAGUUUGAACGAUCGAUCGAUCUUCCUGGCAACAGAACUUGCGAGGAAAUUCUCGCUGACAGCACGCUCAGUACGGUCGACUCGGAUUCCUGUCUCGAGGACAGGAUCAAGUCUUUGGACGAGGACAUCAGAGAAAAGGAGAACGAGAGAAUCGAGAAUGACUCUGACAAUGUGGAAGUUGAUCGGCGAAAAGAGAUAGAGUUGGGAGCUUCUAAUCUGUGGAACGAGUCCGUGUAUUUAUUGUCGAAGGAAUUCUGGAAUCCUAGGAACGAGACAGCCAAGAGUUUCACAGAACAACCGAGGAUCGAAAGCGAGAAAAUUUCGAGUUCCACGAACACAGACAGCGUUGAUUUUGCGUUAGUUAGAGAGAGUUGUAAAACAGACGGCUACGCGAAUCUGAUAAGAGAGUUCACCAUGGAGGCGGGCACUUCCUCUCGGACGAAGAAAGAGGAGAAACAAAAGAAGAAACUGGGCCUUCGUCGUCUGCUGCCUGGUUUCUUCUCUCCGAAGGAUUCUCGAAAAGACUACAAGAAGAAGGAGUCUAAAGAGAGAAAGAGGCCCGACGACAGACACUUUGCUCGUUACCAGCAAAACGGGAACUACACCAGGUCUCCUGACACGAUGAAUCUGAACGAAGAUAUAAAGAGGAACGUGAAGUUGGACAACAGCCUGAACGGGUCGAUAAUCGAAGAGAGGCUGGAUGAAAUUAAGCGCGAGCUCUUUCCGGAUCAAGGACCCAUAACGAGCACCCCGGAUCACCUAGCCAGAGACGAGGAUCACGAAGGUCUGUUACGCGAUCGAAGCGGAGCUCCGAGAUCUUAUACGACUGAUUCCAGUCUAAGCUCUAUCGCUCCGGACGAAAGGUGGAACGAGCGGAACGCGCAGCUGGGAAUCUCGCCCGACAUCAGGAAAUUCGAGCAGAGGCAGAAGCGCGAGGAAUUUAGCCAGAGAUGCGGCCAGCGAUACGGCCAGUUGGAACGAAAACACAGUCUGCAGGAGCCGAAUCACGCGAGUAGACCGCCUUACUUCUUUCAGAGGAAUCACGCACCUUCUGGAAGGAUCUCUGCUCCACCUAGCGAGAGGUACCUAGUUAGGCCCAGGGCCAUUCAUCCGAUGGAUCGACCGUUGCCCGCGAUACCUCACUCAAGGACCGAAUUGGCCAACUACGAGAACUAUUUGGAGGAGCAAGAGGAAAGGCAAGAGCAAAUUGCCAGAUAUGGAAAGAAUGCGUACGAUAAGCCGCCGGAAUACCUGAACGAACCUGGAUUGUACGAAAAUGACAAUCCUCCUGGCCUGAUUUUGAAGUCUGUGUCUGCACAGGUGAAGAUUACUAGGCAGCCGAUAGUAAAUCAGAAUCACAGAGCCCCUUUGGUAGGUAGAUCCCCCAAGUAUCUUUCCUCGGGGUCCAGUCAGAAAUCAGGAGAUUACGGGGAUUCCAGUUGCACACCCAAUUCUAGCCAGAAAAGCGAAUUCUCGCCAUCCAGUUCGAAGAGCGGCGAAUAUUAUUUACAUUCGCCUCGAAAUAGCGGGUCUCCCAAUGGACGCGAGUUCGACGAGGAAGAUUCUAGGCAAGAAGGGAUCUACGAAAAUGAGAAAUCGCCCUCCAGAUCGUCGACUAGAUGCAUGGAUGAGAGGAUUUAUGACGAGACUCCUGCCUCGCCUUCUCCUUGCCAAGAGAAUUCGGCCAAUGCUAAGCAACUCGACCGUUCGAUCGAAGACUCUUUGGACAAGAGAGUUUCCCCGUGUCAGAGAACUCGUUCGAGAGGAGAAAGACCUGUUUCGCCGAGAGAAAAUCUGGCGAAUGAAAAACGCGAGGAUGAAAGGCAAGCUGGAGAAGCGAAUAAUCGCGAGGAAUCGAAUCGUGGUCCGACUUCCCCUAGCGGAAGCCAAGGCAAACCGAUUUCUCCCUUUGGAUCGCGACAACGUCUACCAGCUUCCAGGAGAGCUCAACCCAACGAGCAGAUUCUGAUAGCUUCUCCGAAAAGAGAAACCACCUGCGAGACGAGAAUACCACGUCCUUCGAACGACUCCAGACGCUGCGCUAUAGAAUCACCUGUUCACAUGACGAACACACCCCGUAAACUUGUUAACGUUAAUUCCGUGGAUCAACGUAACCAAGAUUCCAGUCCAAAUAAGGAUGCUACUAUGAUUAAAGGCACUGCAGGGGCCAAUGGAGACUUUAAUACAGAAAUACCGAGACCAGAGCCCAUUUACGGAUACAAAAGUCAAAGAAACGCGGUUGUUAGCUCUCCAAGAAUUCAUUCGCCGGAAAACAUAAACCAUAGAUCGGAUAAUGUAAAUAGGAACGACGGCGAUGACAGAGUGGCUUGGGUUCAAGCACACACGUCUUCUCCACAAGCGAGUCCACAGCAGCCAAGCGAAGCUCGUACGAGUCCGCUGAAAGAAGUGCAACCAAACACGCAGAAGUCUGUCCAUUUGACCGAGUCAGGGUCCAAAGAAAAUCAUCAUCAUCGAGAGCAAACUCAUCAUUCGCAAAAUGCUGUUGCUUCUCGUCAGGUGGAAAUUCAAUUAGCACGAAACGCUAAUAGGGUUGGCGUAGAAGAGCAAAGUGUUUCACAGCAGCAAGAGUCUCGGCCAGAAACGAUGUACGUUCAGAAAAUCUGCGAACCAAUGUAUGGACAACGGGGAACAUCGAGCAUUAAUAGCGGACCUUUGUCACCUUCGAAACAAAAGACCAGACAGCAUUUAGAAGCGUUCUACUGGCAGCAAAAGGCGUUGGAAGCACAUAGGAAGUCACUGGCGUCUCCUGUGAGCGCCAGCUCCAGACAGAUGGCUCGAAAAAUUGAUUUACCCGAGGUCAGGGAAGCGGUGUACUGGCAGCAGCUCAAGAAGCUGGACGAGGAACAACAACGACGUAUUUACGAGCAGAAUCUGAUGGAGGAAUCCUCCUAUUGCAAGAAGAAUCCUGUCAGAACGUCGACACCUAGACAAACUGCGAUUCGAAGUCCCACGAGUGUUGCCGUGCCUGUUGCUCAUGGUAAUCCAGCUUCGUGGUCCGCUGGCAAUCUUCGAUGCUCUAAAUCGAAUCCUAUAGGAAAACCGCCUCUAAUGCAGAGUCAGAAGGGCCAGAAUCAGCCUGUUUUGAUCGUCAGACCUCAACAGGCUAUUCGCGAUCGUCGCGAUUUGGUUCCAUCGACACCUCUGGACCCCGUUAGACAAGAAGCUCAAAGAAGCAAAAGUGCCUCUCCACAUUUUCACAGAGGAGAGGGGCAAGUGGUUCCGAGGAAACUCGAAGUUUCCUCGAUCUACGAGCAGGAGGCGAAUGACGCCGAUGGAAAGACAGUCGCUCCUCCGCCGAUUUUUAAGAGGGGAAGCUUGAUCGGCGGAGAGUGUGUGGAAUACGGAACCGCCGGUGGCGCGAAAAGGGUCAGUUUCUCCAACCAAUCGGCCGUUGGUCAGGAUUUGGCUAGUGGAAGCUGGCCAACGAAACAUGGCACUGCCCCGGAACCACCGACUAGGAGACACAGGAGCGAAGACAGUGUUUCCGAUUCCGAUUCCGUGUUCUUGCAUCAGGAACGUAGGGAUGUGAAUUGCCUGGAUGGUACGGAGUAUGACGCUGACAGACCUCUGCCGCCUUUGCCCAAAGACGUUGCAAGUGGCGCGAGAAGCGUAUCUAUAGCUGGACCAGGACCCGCACGGAGUGUCGCCUAUAACGAAGUUCGUUGGAACAAUGGGAACGACCCUAGGAGAGCUGUUAGUCCGCAACGAGUACUUCAGCAAAAGGAGGAAGAGUGGAAUUCGGAUGGCAAGGGUCGACAGUCCAACGACAUCGGUGAGUCAGUCUUUUUCCUCGUCUUCGAGAAUUCGGUCGAGCACUCGUCUCGUUCUUUUGUAUAGGAAGCGAUGGUUUAGCAAAGUCGUGGAAAAAAACAUGUCAAGUAGGGUCAUUAACUGAUCGCGUAAUUACCUUUGUUAUCUCUGCGAAAUAUACCCGCAGUUGCGCUAAACGUUCUUAUAGCUUCUACAGUGAGAGUAAAGAACGAGGUUCGUAUAUAUAUUUAAUUACGUUUUUCAUUGAU